UUACACGCAAGCCGGGACUGUUCGUGCAUUUAUUAUGCAGGUGUGACGUUAUAUGGACGAAGAUUCGAACUUUUUACUGCCGAUGAGCAACGAAUGCCUGUCCAAGAUGCCCCCACUAUUGGCAAAAGCCUUCGUAUAGGUUAUAAAGGACUGCGGUGGGUACUAUCCCACUGCACUCUCUCAGUGAAACUCUCAGAGGACCGUAUACCUCACCGUCGAACCCUUCACAAAACGGAGACACCAUGAGGAUUUUUCUAUUGGUUCUCGCAGCAUGUCUGCUAGCUUUGUCGGAAUCCGCUCGACCUGCUAUACGACCACGAGUGAGAGAACCUCAAGUUUAUUACGAAGAAGACAAUCAGGCGGCUGAAGACGAUUUCGAGUCGGUCUAUCAUCCUAGAACGCGUGCCUUGCCAUCGGCACGCUCUAAGGAGGCUUUACAACCGUCGAAAGCGCCACCCGUACAAACCAUUCGUAAUUACAACAAGGUCAAUGACGAUGGAUCGUUCACGUUCGGUUACGAGGCAGCCGAUGGUUCUUUUAAGGAAGAAACCAGAGGAACGGAUUGCGUUGUAAGAGGAAAGUACGGUUACAUAGAUCCCGAUGGUAACAAAAGAGAGUUCACAUAUGUAUCCGGUAAUCCAUGUGAUCCUAAUGCACCGAAGGAAGAAGAGGAAGAUCUUCCGGAAAAACAGGAAGACGAUGAUCUUUCCGGACCAGCAAAUUAUCCAUCCGUUAGACCUGUCCCGAUCAGACCGAUCAGGCCAACUUAUCAGCCAACCACCGCGCGUACCCCAACGGCUAUAUUUCAAACACAAUAUCAACUUGACGACGAAGCUAGCCAGGAAUUAGAGGAGGAAGUUCAAAAACCUGUACAACUUCGGCCUACAGCUUUUAGAAAGCCACAACAGUCUUACGUUCAAGUUUCACCGUCUACUGCUCUUUACGAUUCAACACCAACCACUAGUCCCUCGCAGCUCUACAGACUAGCAUCAACCUCUAAUGUUCAAUAUCAAACGACAGCCGUUCCUUCGGAAAGACCUCCGUCUACGAUAUCUCCGUUAGCUUAUCAAUCACUCGAGACUAGCACUCGCAAGGCAGUGACUCGUCAUCAGGUCCGUCCUCAAUCGGUUGCCAUUACACCCAGGCCCCACAUUGCACAAGUCGCCGCACAAUAUGUCUCCCCGAGUAGCACAGAAAGAUCUAUACCGUACAGCGCACAAUCACGGCCCACCCCGAGCACCUCUACUCAUCUUCGCACCAGCGUCAGCCCCUCGAGCUCAGCCCAUCUCAAUUUUGCCGCGGAGUUAGAGCGUUACGUUAACACGGUCGGUGUUCCCUCAAAGUCUACCCAACAAGCCGCACUUUCACCCUCGAGAACGAAGCUAGGUCAAACCACGGUCACCACAGUCCCCGCGGAGCCCAUCUAUCAGUCGGAACUGAUUUACGAUCCCGCAACUGGUCAGUACAAUGCCCAACUUUAUCAAACCUUACCCCAAACCUUUGGCGACUUUAGCUUAAGUCACAAACUCCAACCAUUCGUAGCCCAGCCCCAGUCCCUACUUGGUCUCCAGCAGCUACAACAGAUUCAGCAACAUCAGCAACAAUCGCAGCAACAACCUCAACGUCAGUCCGCUGUUUACAAGCAACACGUAACGCAACCCGUCCAAUCGGCUUCGAUCUCGGCUGUGUCCGUUGCUCAACCCCAGGAACUUCUCUACAGGAAACAACAGACCCAGUUGCUCAUGCAGUCCCAGAAUCUUUAUGCCCAGCAGCAACAACGUCGUCAGCAACAACAACAACAGCCACAACAACAACAACCUCACAAACUUCAAUUGCUCGAAUCUCAGAGAGACCCACAGGCCUUUUAUUAUGUCGCACCAUUGAGAUCGUCCGGUGCAGCGGCUGGUGCGGCGGCUGGUACGCCUCUUACCGCGAGUCAAAUCGAUCAGUAUCUUCGUUCCAGUUCAGCUAACAACUAUUGAUCGGUACGAGAUAGCCACGGAGCGUUUCAUUUAUAUAUAUAUAUAUAUAUAUAUAUAUAUAUAUAUAUAUAUAUAUAUAUAUAUAUAUACGCGAAUUUAUCUUCAGGGUCCUCGAGAGUUGCAUCGUACGCACCGUGUUUAAAAUCUUGCUUGCGAAUCUUCUAGAAAGUUGUUCGUUUCGCUACACGCUUGUCAGAUCGAUGUACAGGGAGACGGCUAUACGCGAUUAGUAUAUACAUAAAUAUAUAUAUAUAUAUACACAUAUAUAUAUAUAUAUAUUUUUUCUUACGCGAAAAAAACUCGAUCGUUUCACCGAUCCUUACGAGACGAAAAAAGAAAAAGAGUAACGAGCUAUUCACAAAUGCUACAUGUUUUUACGAACUCGUUAACAAUAAAGAAAAAAAAAGAAAAAAAAAAAAGGAAGAAAAAAGAAGUGCAAAGGAAAAAAAAAAAAAGAAAAAUUUGCAAAAAUGAACUAAAAAAGUAAAAUUCGAAGGAUACGAAAAAUCCCUUGGGAAAGGUUCAGGACCAUAUCUAUAUAUUCCAGCUUCGAUCGAUUUAAAUGAAUCAAUUCAUGAGACAAACGCGAUAGAGAAAAAACAUACAUACAUACGUACAUACAUAUAUACAUAUAUAUAUAUAAAGAAUUUCCCUGGCGCAAUUCACCCAUAAAUUUAACGCUAAAUAUUCGUCGCUAUCGAUCGAUCGACCUUUCGACCUCGCAGCAAAUCGAUCAAUUAUCCUUGCAUACAACCAAGCCGAAUAAUUUCUUUGCCGAACGAUGAGAUUAUUGAUUCAAAGGCAACGACGAAACUUGUUCCUGAAUUAUUACUGGUUACUAUACAUGUUCGUGAAUUAUUCUUGUAGUAAGCGUAUGUAUAUAUAUGUAUAUAUGCAUGAAUCUAUGUAUGCAUAUGUGUUGAUAUUCGAAUAAUCAGCUCAUACAUGUAUACAUACAUACAUACAUAUAUAUAUAUAUAUAUGUAUGUAUAUAUAUAUAUAUAUGUAUAUGUAUAUAUGCAUACACGUUAUAUCAAAACUAUUAUACCUAUUCGGAGAUACAUUCCUUGAUGUUAUGUAAGAAACCAAGAAAAUUUUGCAAGAUUAUCCUCAUGUUAGUAGUGGUAAUGGUGGUGGUAACCAGGGAACGUGCAAAAGAGAAUUGCGAUGUACUUAGUUUACUUUCAUCGGCGUGGUCCGUCGAACUCCAUAGGAGUACUUACAUAGGGUACAUUCUAUUCGCGUCUAACCGCAACUUUCUAUUUGUAUUAUCUUUGACACUGGACAACCAAACGGAUUUUUAGUUGUAUCUAUAAUAAUUUUGUUAAAAUCGA